AUGGUUAAUUUAACUGACUGCAGCCAGUUACGUGAGGAGGUGCAAACACAACUUGAUUCAACCAUGCCGUGGAUAGGGAGAUAUAUUGAAGUAGCUACUCUCGCCUGCGUGGCUGCUAUGACGGUUGAUUUUUCCGUGUCCUGUAAGAGCAAAAGGUAUUGGCAAAAAUGUAAGUUCUUCUCCCUCAACGCUUUCUCGUUGACAGUAUUAGCUGUGACUAUGAAGAUUCCGGUAGACCUAACAAUCACAGACAUUACGGACGAAGAUCAACUUACACGGAUUUGCAGCAUUGCUUUCCUGUGUAUUUGUAUGAAUAAUUUCAUGAUAUCUUUGGGGUCCAUGGAGAAUAAUGACAUUGUACCCAACGUAGCAGCUUUAGGCCUCCUAGUAAUUACUAUCACGGUUAAUGUAUGCAUUCAUAUUGUUCAGAUGGUUUUCGUUUCAAGUUAUAUGUUUCCCCAACAAAUCUCAUCUCUUGUAAUCAUGCUCCUCACCCUUGCAAUGGCAUGUUGUAUGUCGUUGAUGGUUCCAAGCGCCAAAAUAUACACGGAGUUGAAAUAUAAUGAGAUGCACAAAUUGGUUGUAAAUAGACAAGUAAAUGAGAGUAUUGAUGAAGUUGAAAUAUUGGUAAAAGGGUAUUGGGUGAUGGCGGAGACCGCUUGCCCACAGUUUGUGCUGGCAAGAUCUCCCAUUUCUUCUACUUCCGCUCUCUUGUGUAGUUUGACAGUCCUACUACUCUCCUUCCAAUUUCUAGUUGUUCUACAUCCCAAAUUAUUCAGUUCAGAAUUGAUCAUUUAUUGUGACAAGUCAUCCAACUAUGGCGUGUCCAUUUGUUCUAUAAUGAUCUUUCAACUUAUUGGAGUGAUAGUUGGAAGUAUUAGUCCUAUAUCUAGAUGGUUCACUGCUUGGACCAUCAGGGUUGCAGAGACAGAACAGAAGAGCUUCAGAGAUGAACUCAAGGUGGACAAGUACUGGACUUCGAAGCUUGUAGAGUGGAGGGAAACACCACUUCCCUUCCGAAUUUCAAACCCCAUCUGCAGGAAGCUACAUUAUGAUGUAGUAAGAUUUUUUCUAAAUAUCUGCAUUGUUGCUCAGAUUCUCAUUGUUUCAUCUGGAAAACUGGUUCUAUUUCUCUCUGUUUUUCUUUGGAGAGCAAGUUUCUUUCAUUUUUGCAAGAAGGGAGGAACCGAAUCUUCAAGGGAUGUGGAUUUUAGCCAAUAUGUCAUUCUACUUGAAGGUGAGUCACAAUUGCCUGAUAAAAUGGUCAUGCGCAUCUGCAAGAUGGCGGAUAGAAUGAUACGGGUAGGCAAAAGAUACCGACCUAAGAGUCUGAUCCGACUUGUGAGGAAAUCUACAAACUUCAGUGGGGUGGUACAAUUUGACAAUAAUCAGGAGGUUCCAAGCUUGUGUUCUCAAGAACCUCCAAAUUGCUGGUCUCUACCGAUCGUGACUUUGACGACUAUUGCACUUGCACUUACCAACACUACAAAUGAUGAGGCUAACCAGCUAUUGGCUAGUGUUACACAGGGCUUGUCAAUUGUGAAGCUUAUCGAGAAAACUCUGGACAAAAAUGGGGAGUUGGAAAGCAUCAUGAAAGCAGCAGAUGCGGUUUGGAUUGGAGUUGAGGUAUACAAAAAGUGGGAUGAUAAAGAUCUUGAAAGCAUGAGUGUGAGAGGCGCAACGCACAAGGAAACACUGCAAAAUCUCUCUGAUGUUGCAAAACAGAUUGUGACAGAAUUCACAGCUCAACCAGGAGAUGUUCUGAUGCAUGACCCUCUAAAUUGGCCUUCUAUAGUCAUAGCUGCUAACUCAAUGUACAGGAUAGCUCAGUCGAUCUUGGUAAGGGUGAAAAAUGGCGAGCACCAAAGUGAUGACGAACUAUUUGGGAGUAUAUCCAUCACCAUUGCAGAUAUACUAUCAGCGUGCCUCACCAAUCUACUGCGAGUCAUAAGACUCAAGUGUCACGAAAACGACUUCAGAAAAAGGCAUGACAGCGUAAUGCGAGCAGCUCGUCUUCUCGGUGAGAGUAAGGAGAUUCUUGAAAUUCUGCAGCAGCAUGAGCUACCACGUUUGGAUGUAGAGAAAGCUGGUAAUAUUGAUGAGUGGAGGGCAUCCAUGGCGCCGGAUAUUGAAAAUCCUUUGGCACCUCCUUCAACUUCAAGUGACAAUGAAAUAUCUCAUUUGGAACCUCCUUCAACAUCAGGUGACAAUGCAAUAUCUCCUUUGGCAUCUCCUCCAGCAUCAAGUGACAAUGCAAUAACUCCCUCAACAUCAAGUGACAAUGCAAUAACUCCCUCAACAUCAAGUGACAAUGCAACAAUUCUAGGGUAG